UCUCUAUUUUGUAGGUGCACAUUUUGUGCCAAGAAAAAUUGUUCUGAAACUGAGCUGUAACUGUAAUCGUGAUCUAGAAAGAGAGAUCCAUAACGAGAUGCUGGGCAGAACGCCGGAAGUGAUUUGCGAGCGUCGCCCAUUUUUAAUUGCAACUUUGGCUUGCAUAUUACUGUUGGGAAAUGCUCCCCCAAAGGCCCUGGCUUCCGCUUCCUCAUCAGCAUUUGUGCAAAAUGUCAUCUACUCGAACAAGAUCGCUAUUUUCUCCAAAUCCUAUUGCCCGUAUUCCUUGCGUGCCAAGCACAUAUUCAGUGAACUUCAGGAGGAACCUUUUGUAGUAGAGCUAGAUCUUCGAGAUGAUGGAUACAAGAUUCAGGAUGUUCUUCUGGAUCUGGUUGGCCGACGAACUGUGCCGCAAGUGUUUGUUAAUGGCAAGCACAUUGGUGGAUCUGAUGAUCUCCAAGCCGCAGUCAGAAGUGGCCAAUUGCAGAACCUUCUCAGUAAGGCUUAAUAAUUUCAUCAGUCAGCUGGAGAUUGGUGUAUCUUAUCUAAUCUUAUAAAUGUCAAUGUCAUAAGUGGAGCAUGGAGAUGAUAUUCAGUGGGAGGCAGAAUAUUUAGUGUGAUCUACAUUAUAGCUGUCUUGAUUAAACCAUUCAGGUCUAUGUGAGUUGUUAAAUCAGUUCUUUUCGUUGUUGGUGAACGUUUUGAGAUGCUGUGUUGUGAAUUUAAAAGACGUGUUACUUUGAAUUUUGAUAAAAUUUAUUGCAGAAUUUGUAUGUGACAGAUAUAAGGCACAUUCAUUAAUUUGUGGUAUUGAUAGACAAGCCUUUGAGUAA